AAAAAAAACCUGAAGAAAUAUUUUCUAAAACCCCGUCACUUAAUAGUAAAGAAACAAUAUGGCAAUGCUAACUCACAUUGUCGCAGAUAAAAUCUUUAAGAAAUCAUCAAUAUAUGCGAUUGCUCGUAUUGGAUUUUCAAAAUCAAACUAUCACAAAAUAUUUUGGCUCCUCAUAUUAAUAGUUGGAUUAUCUGGUUGCGCAUACAAGACUCAAACAUUUUGUUCUGUUUACUUCGAAUAUCCCGUAAUAGUAUCUCUUCAAGAAGAACAAAUUUUAGAAUCAGGAUUUCCUGCCGUUACUAUUUGUAACCUCAAUCGAAUGAAAGUGGUCUACGAAAGCUGCAUUAACAACGACAUUAUGGAAAAGGGUUGCAUUCCUUCUCUUGGCCAAGUUGGUGGUAUGCCAGCAUCAGGUAGAGGUUCUUCUGGUAAGCAAGACAUAUCUGAACGACGCAGUCUACUAUCUUGCAAUGGUACGUUUAAUAAAGAAUCUCUGUCGAAACUACAUUUAAUCUUCAAAUAUUUACGAAUGAGUAAUGAGAAUCGAAGAUUUGUUGGAUAUAACGCAUCAGAAUUAGUAAAAUUCUGCAGUUUUAACAUGCAGUUAUGUUCUUUGAAAGACUUCAAGUACUUUCAGAGUCUCAGAUAUGGUAAUUGUUAUACAUUUAAUAGUUCCAGCAAGUAUGGUAAGAAGUAUGUUACAUUUUCUAAAAAAGGAUACAAAAGUGGAUUGGAAUUAUUACUGAACUUGGGUUUAAAUGAAUACAUGUCAACCGCUUCGAAAUCUGGAAUGAGAAUCUCAGUUCAUCAUGCUUCAGAAGCUCCAAACCCAGAAGUAAAUGGCUUUGACAUAAAUCCAGGGUUUGAAACAUCGAUUGUUCUAAAACAGAUGGCCAUUCAACGUUUGCCUACACCAUACAAAGAUCGAUGCAUCAACUACAACUCGCGUAUUAAUGAAAGCAGUGAAGAAGAAUGUAUGAAGCUAUGCCUUCAAAAACUGAGUUUUGAAAUUUGUGGUUGCAUUGAUCCAACUUUAAUCCUAAUUCCUGGAAUGAAGCAUUGUAAUAUAUUUAACAUGAGUGAUAUUUGUUGUUUGGAUGGAGUUCAAGACAACACAACUCGAAAGGAAUUACCAUGUGACUGUCCGCCAUCUUGUUAUGCUGUUUCUUACAGCAACGAGAUUUCAAAAGCACGUUUAUCAAAGAUUGAUGGUAUUUUGUCGAACAAAUCAAAAGACAAUUUUAUGGACCAUUACGCUCGUUUGAAGGUAUUUUACUCCACUUUCACCCAAAAUACUUUCAAACAAUUACCAAUGUUUGAAGAAUCUGAAAUCUUCAGUCACUUAGGUGGUGAACUGUCAUUGUGGUUGGGUCUUUCCCUGUUUGCCAUUUUCGAAAUAAUGGAAGCUCUAAUAAGUCUUAUCAAAGCAUAUAAAGCCUCAAGUAAUUAGAAACAAAUAGCAAAAAAAAUUCUACUGAAAGAUAUUUUCUCUGCGGACUUCUUAUAGCUCAUGGCAAUAAAAAUAAAACAAUAGUUUUGAUUUAUUAAAAUGUGCAGGUGGAAUUGUUUAUUGGAGUGGAGGACUGUUGAUUAACGAAACUAAAUCCAAAAAAUGUGACCGUGUAUCCUCUGAAAAGUAUCGAAUUCUUGUAACUGUUGGAAUAGGUUUAAAAUAAUCUAUCAAUUGCAAUAAAAAACACUGGUACUUUA